AUGUUGAAGGACCUGAACGAGGAGGGCACGCGCCUCAGCGAGGUGACGAAAUCGUCGUCGACGCAGACCGUCGAGCGCGGCGCGGCGCCGAGCGCCAAGGGGAAGGGGAGGCCCGCCGCGGCCGCCCCGUCCCCGGACCCGGAGCGCACGACGGUCCCCGUCGGCUCGGCCGUGGGCGAGGAGCCGGCGAUGGCGCCCCCCGCCGCCGCCCCGGAGAAGAAGAAGAAGCGCGAGCGGAAGAAGAAGGAGAAGAAAGCCGAACCGAUCGCCGCGGACGCGCCGGGCGACGCCAAGCCCGACGGGAAAAAGCCGGGCAAGCCCGGCCCGCCGCCCGAGUCGCCGCAGCACUUCGCCUUCUCGGCGUUCCAGAUCUCCCCGGAGCCGACCGCGCUGCCGAAGCCGUCGAUGAUGUCGAAACGGUGA